AUUUCUUCAACCUGAACGCAAAGCAAUGGAGAUGAACAAGGAAGAGGCGCUGCGAUGCUUGGCCAUUGCGCGCACGGCACAUGCGUCGGGCGACCGGGAACGCGCGUUGCGGCUCGCUCGCAAGUCGGUCGGCUUGUUCGAGACGCCACAGGCGCUUGCGUUCGUCGCAGAGCUGGAAGGCCGAUCCUCCAGUCGCGGCGGGGGAGCAGGCGCAGCAGCAGCUUCCACGUCACCUUCAGCUGGCUGCAGCAGGAGUAGCGCGUCGGCCCAUCACGACAACGACGACGGCGACAGACCAAGCGGCGCUUCAUCGUCGUCUUCGUCUUCUUCGUCUUCAUCGUCGUAUGCUGCAAAUCCGGACAGUGCGCCUGGCGUUGGCGCUCGCAAGCGGAAGAACAGUGGCAGCGACCAUGCUUCUUCUUCUACGUCUUCUCCUGCUUCUGGCUCUUCAGCAAGCGCUUCGUCAAAGCAGGGCUCGGGCAGCGCUCCGGCCUCGUCUGCACCCAAGGGCGGCGACUAUACCCCAGAGCAGGUUGCCGAAGUGCGCAAAAUCAAGGCAUGCAAGGGCCACUACGAGAUUCUGGGUGUUGAGCGCGACGCCAGCGAGGAUGCCAUCAAGAAGGCGUAUCGCAAGCUGGCGCUCAAAUUCCAUCCUGACAAGAACAAGGCUCCGGGUGCCGAUGAGGCAUUCAAGCGUAUUUCCAAAGCCUUCGCCAUCCUUUCGGAUGCCUCGAAACGCCGCACCUAUGAUAUGACUGGAGAUGUUGACGAGUCGCCUCAACAACAGCAGCGCUAUACUAGACACCGCGGUGGCGGUGGCGGCGGUUUUGAAGAGAUGGAUCCCCAAGAGCUGUUCAACAUGUUCUUUGGCGGUGGCAUGCGAGCUGGAGGUCCUCAAUUCACAUUCUCUACUCGGCAAAGAGAGGAUUUUCAUGCCGCACGGCAGCAGCGGGCAAGAAACGAUGAAGCGCCAGACUUUUUCCGCUCGAUUGCGCAGUUCCUCCCUUUGAUUCUCAUCGUCUUGGUGAUGCUACUGACACCCUCGUCAUCACCCGCAGAGACGUUUUCAUUGCGCCAAGACACCACAUACUCGGUUGAACGCUCGUUUGGUGAGGGGGAAUUGCUCAUCAAGUAUUACGUUCGACCAAGCAUCCAUGUUCAGCUAGAGCGCGCGCGACCAUCCACUGUGCAAGAGUUUGAGCAAACUGUCAGAGACACGUAUCUCGGUCAUCUACGGACGCAAUGCCAGCAGGAAACACAAGUAAAAAACCGCAAAAUCAGUACUGCGCAACGAAUGUCGCACCAACCCGAGCAUCUCGAACGAGCCUACGCUACACCAACGCCUUCGUGUGAUCUCUUUGUUCGUUUCACCGCACCUAUUGCAUAGCUUGUUGUGCUCUAGCGCUGCCGUUUAUUCUUGUUGAUUUUGUUUUGUUGACGAAUCGAUUUCAUUUACUUUGGCUGUCGUUGUUGUUGUUGAUGCUCCAAUGCUUCAUGACGAGUUCCGGGAGUGCUUUCAGUGUCCCCG